ACAUGUCCUGUGUUUUUACUCCUCAAAACCUCAGGCCCUCAUAGAGUUGAUGGUCAUGGAACAGACAUUCUUCGAAGCUGUAUUCACACCCAUUUCCCAUGAUUUCCUAUCUUCGUUCUGAACCGAUUCAGCUCUCGCUUGGGGAUUAAGAAGAAAGUAAAACAGUUGUUAGUGGCUACCACUUGAAGCAAAACAGGAUGUGAGGAAGCAAAUGAGGACUACUGUUUGGGGGUUUUAAUCCUUUUUCCCUGUCUGGAAAAUUCACCGCAUCUCUCAUAAACAGAAAAACAAUACCAAUCCCUUAGCUGUAACCUCUUUAAUAUAAUGUGAUCACAAAUCCCCUCUUGAGUUCAACUUCCUUUUCUCCCAUUCCCUUGCCAUUGUCUCUGUGUUUGGAAUGGCCAGCAGAAAAGUACGAAUGUCCAAGUGGAAAGAAGGGCAGAGGAGGAGCCCGCGAAUACCUGCAUCGCAUCCUUGCGAGGCCCAGCAAUCGAGGCGCGUGGGUUGUACUGCUUUGGCUCCACCUCCACAGGCAACGGGUUUACAAGUGCAACAAUCUCGCCCUCAGGAACAAGGACCAGCCUCCCGGACUAGGGCCAGGAAAAAGAGAAAACUCAGACCACUUGACGAUGUGGCUGCUACUUCCCUUUCACCCUUUGCUCAGCAGCCAAGUGACAUGCAGGGCAGCGACCUACAAAGCCAUGAUGAAGAUCAUCCAAUUAGUUGUGAUCAACCAACUGCCCAGGGUGGCAAUAGCCCAAAAUUUGAUGAUAAAGCGGCCUUGCCUGAUCAACCAUCAAGUGUGCCAUCUACCAGAUGGAUGCCAGAGAAACGUAUACUAGAGCUCAUUCUCGACAUAUUACAGAGGAGAGACACCUAUGAAAUAUUUGCUGAACCCGUUGACCAUGAAGAGGUUGAGGAUUAUUAUGAUAUCAUUAAAGAGCCUAUGGAUUUUGGCACAAUGAGAGCUAAACUUCACGAAGGGAUGUAUAUGAGUCUUCAACAAUUUGAGCAUGAUGUAUAUUUAAUUUCCAAAAAUGCAAUGCAUUUUAAUUCCUCAGCAACUAUAUACUUCAGACAGGCUCGAGCCAUUGAUGAACUAGCAAAAAAGGUCUUUCAUGCUCUUAAGACUGACCCAGAGAAUUUUGAGUUGGAAUUUUCAGAGACAAGACGAAGAACUAGUAGAAGGAUCAUGAGUGACACUAGGGCUCCAUCAUAUAGCUCAAGUUCUAAGCUUGCAACAAAUUUAAGACGCAAUAUCAAGGCCAAUGUAUCAUCAAAACCUAUGCCAUCUUUUCUUCCUAAUUCUUCAAACCUCAGGAAAGGUGUUAGAGGAAUUUGUGGACUUGCUGGUGCUACUACUGAUUGCAAUGCAAGAGAUCAUGAAGUGCACUCUGGUGAUUUAAAUGGUAGGGGAAAUAAUUUUGCUGAAGUAGAUAGACGUUGUACGUAUAGACCCUGGACGUCUCUCCACACUGACAAUGAUUCAAUUGUUUCCACAAUUUAUAGUGAUUCAAAACCACUAAUUGCUGUGAAUCAGCAGGAUAUUGGUUACAGAGAUAGUUUAAUGUUCUUUGUUAAAGAUUUAGGACCAACAGCCCAAAUGAUUGCCAAGCAGAAGUUGAUUGGAUGCUCGGUUGGCGCUUCUAAUUGUUGGACUCCAGGUUCAAAACACUGGUUUCAGGAACCUGAAUGUCAAAAUCCUAAUGAAUUUCAUUCCACCCAGAGGGGACUGCCUAUUCUGGAUUCUGCUUUUACUGCAGCAUCUGAAAAUUUGUUUGACCAUCUUCAUAGGGGUCCAAAUAUCUUAGGAACUGCCCAUUUUAAAGUGGAUUCAUCUUAUGCUGGUGCAGGAGCGAAGGCUUAUGCCUUGGACAAAAUGCUUAUCCCUAGUGCUUCAGUGGUAGCGGUGUCAAGCAGUGACGAAAAGAAAAGUUCAGUUGCCUUCAAAGGGGAUGCUCACUUCAGUAAUGCAAUGGAUGUUUUUGGCCUUUUUGGUUGUGACAGGUUACAUCAGGAUCAGUGCUCUGAGCUUCAGUUGGGCUCCCAUUCUUCCAGUGUUGGCCAAGACAUAAUUGCACAAGAUGAAGUUGAAGUCCGUGGUUCUGUUGAAGCAGACCAAGAGUUAAAAGCAAGCCAACCUAACCGACAGGGUUCUCAGUUCAUAUUUGAUUUGCCAUUUCUGAAGACGCGGCUUGAUCAGAUUAACUCCUCGGGAAAGGAUAAACUUUCGCAGCAAGGUUCCAGUAUUGAAAGUCCAUUUCUGGACGAAGAAGUAAAUUGGAAGAUGCAAUUGGCCUGCAGCCAUCACAAGAAGCUUAGCACUCAAAACAUACAAAGGUAGUUACAAACAGUUCUCAUUGGAUGUUCAGCAUGGAAAUCUGUCUCUCCAGUUGUGAACAUUUUAGAUGGUGCU